AUGCCCCAAGAAGAUAAAAUUACAGUUUACUGGUUGGCCCACUCCAGGGCCCAAAGAAUUCUUUGGUUGUUAGAAGAGUUGGGUUUGGAAUACAACUUGCACAUGGAGGACCGUGUUCAAAUGGUUAGAGCACCAGCUAGCUACAAAAAGUACCAUCCUUUGGGUAAAACUCCAGUUGUCCACAUUGAAAAGCCAGACGGAACUGUUAAGAAAUUGGCAGAGUCUGGUUUUAUUGUGCAAUACUUGAUUGACCACUACGACACUAAGGGCAAAUUCAAGCCAGCAACUGAAGACGAUAAAGAUUUAAUCGACUACUUCAAUCAUUACUCAGAAGGCACAAUACAACCUAUGCUCGUGGGUUUAUUGGUCAAUGAGGUUGCUGGUAAGUCUGUCCCAUUCCCACUCAGUGUCUUGGUAAAAACUGUUACCGGUAAGAUCAACCAAGGGUACUACCAACCUGAAGCUGAGAAGAACAUCUCAUUUUUGAACGAUUUCUUGAAAGCUCAAUACGCUAAGGGCAGAAAAUGGUUUGUUGGUGAAAAGUUGUCGGCUGCCGAUAUUAUGUUGUCGUUCCCAAUCCAAAGUGCCAUCACUUCAGACAGAGGUAUAACUCUCAAGCCUGUGAAGGAGUCCUAUCCUGAAAUGUAUGAGUACUUCCAAUUCAUUACUUCCCAACCAGCUUGGAUUACCGCAGCCGAGAAGGUCAAGGGCUAUGACCAUGUGGUUAUCAAUGGUAAAUUAUAA